CUAGAAAGGAUCUGAAUUGAGGGCAGUGUGAUGCGUAUUUCUGCUUCCUAUACGGCCGGAUCCAGAGUUCUCUCAUUCACGCUGUCGUGGUUCUCACUUCUCGUAAACAACUGAACUCCUUAACAUUACUUCAAAAUGACCCCCUAUCACACGAGCAUGCUGGUGUGUUCAGGAGUUGUGAUGAUGAUAAUUGGUAGUGCAGGCCUCGGCAUUGAAAUUCCCAAGAAAUAUUAUGGAAUGGUUGACAUCGUUAGCUCCUGUGGAUAUCGUUCCAUCUUUACUCGGAGCUUUGGACCUUCCGACACAUAUGAGACUGAAGCAACACUUGUCUACUCCAUGAUUGGAACAGAAUACUCCUCGGGAUCUACCUGUCAGUACAAAUUCUCUUCUGUCUCUAGCAGCUCUCUGGUAGUCAAUGCAGAACAUGUACCGAUAGGGUUCAGCAACGGUCGCUCUUGUCUAACGUUCUACCAAAGCUCAUCUUCUUCCUUCCGCCCCACAACUCUACUGGCAAAGUACUGUAAUGAAACAUUGUUUCAGGUGAAGACACAAAGCCCUUACCUGUUGAUAGUUUUGUCUGUAAGAAGCGCCUCUCAGGCAGUGGGAUUCCGUCUGGUUGUGACUCCAGUGUUCGAAUCUGAUGGGGAUCUCAGCAAUCCCUUCCGCUGUCGCGAUGGAUCCGUAAUCAGCUCUAACUUGGUGAAUGAUGGCCACCCAAAUUGUCCGGACAAAAGCGAUGAAAACGAUAAUUCUUCUUUUCCCUGCGCCGGCCGCCUGAUACCUUGUGGUAGUGAGUCAGGACCGUGCAUUGCCAAAGAGUGGAAGUGCGAUCGAAUUCCUGACUGCCCAAAUGCAGAAGACGAGGAGGGUUGUGUAUACAAGUGUCCUGGUAGUUCCGACAAUGGUGAGUCAUUUUCUGAGUACGAAUGCAGAGAUAAAAGCUCCUGUUUCAGUGAGUAUGAUCGGUGUCGCGGACACAGCUAUGGGAUAUGCGAUGAUGAAUCUGAGAAUAUGGACUGCGAUAAUUGUGAUGAUUAUUCCUACUCCUUGUACGACGAAAGCCGUUUCAGCGGAAAUGGACCCAAAUUUGAGCCCUACUGUCCAAUGACCCGAACAUGUAUGACAGUCGACAAGUUUUGUAAUGGCAUCCGUGACUGUCCAAACGGAGCAGAUGAGGACUAUAACCUGUGCCAUCCGUCAAUCUAUUGGUACUGGACCCCCGGCCAGCUGGCCGGUGUUUUCAUCGGUUUCAUCAUCUUUGUCUUUAUUGUUGUGGUCAUAGUCAUCGUUGUGCAGAAGAAGUGUCGUAAAGAAGUUGUGUAGACCAGCUAUGCCAGGCAGCUGCCAUCUUAGUCUAAUUCCCAGAGGUCUAGACAGUGAUCAUUUGUGGAGUUUUGCACCGCACACCAACCGUGACACUUCUAGAAUAAUGGCCAGAUUUAUAUUUUUCAAGUACUUGCUAUAAUGUAUAUGCAUGAACAGUUUUUCAACGAAGUGCUAAGUUUAUAUCACCAUAAGGAGGGCCUUCCAUCUUUCUUGACAGAGUUUGGAAUAAGGAGCACUGUGACAAUUUUGUUUGCAUGUAUCACAGUUUUAUUUGGUUUGUGCAAAAUUGUAGGACAGUGUCACAUGGUCAUUUGGUGACUGGGGGUAAUUCCCAUCACUCUCAGAUAACUGAAACUGAUUUGAAAUGUGAGUCACUUGGGAAGAUGCAACUUCAAGUUUCUUCCGAGCCAGUGGAAACUUUUCAAAUGUACACAAGAUUAACCUGGAAAAGUGUCCUUUGGGGGAAAAAUCCUGAAAUAUGAUUGGCCUGAAAUAAAUUGAAAGACACAUUGUUUGGAUAAAACUGAAAUAAUCGACUGGAAAGUGCCUGACCUGCAAACCCUCUGGAACAGAAUGUCGGUUGUGUUAGGAAAAAAUCAGAUAAUGGCAUUUUUUAAUGAUAUUAAUGCUCAACAGGGUUAGGUUUAUGCAACAUGCAUUGAUUGCCAGCAUGAUUCUCAAUUAUUUCAAACUUAUCAAAGGGGAAGUUGGAGUCGUUCUGUAUACCUGGUUAAUCGUUUUCUGCUCGUGCAUGGAUAGA